AUGGAUCCCAACGGCAUCUACCCUCGCAACUACGACGAAUCCCUGAUCCGCGAACUCCCUCACCUCCGCAUUGCUCCUCUCCGCGAGCCGGUCUCCUCCCGCACCCUCAGGAUUCCCCUGACCCUCGAACCGAAUGCCAGCGGCAUCCGGGACCCGAAUGGGAUAUCGAAACCUGGCGGAUCCGCAGCGGGGAUCUUACCUCCCCGCAAUAAUGAGGCCAGCGGCCUAGGGAUCGAAGGCAGCGGCGCAAAUACACCUCGUCUGUUGGUCAAGAACGACUUUCAUGCCUCCUCGGAAUCGCUCUCGGAGCCCCAGCCUCCGCCGCGACCGAUAUUACCGGCAUUCGUCAACCUCCGUGCCCUUGAGCGGUUCCCUUACUCUUCGUUUGACGAUGAUAGCCAUCAGUCACGGAAACGGCGGCGCGUGGGUCUUGACGUCGAUGCUCCGUCUGAUUCAUUUGGAGAGCACCUGCAGUUGCCGAUGCCGCAGGCGCAGAAGGAACAAAGACCUCCGCCAUUUGGACCAUUUGCUAUCCUUAACGGAUUGAAUGAGCCUCCGCCUAACGCUGCCUUACUUCCACCCAUAGAGGCUGGCUCAAUAACGCAGCUACUGACCAAACCAUCGCGAGAUAAUCUUGACGUCGUUCCCGAGCCAGAGCCAACGAUACUAGCCACGAGCUUCACCCCCGAGGUUCCAAGUGGUGAAAGGAUUGAGGGUAGGAUUGCGGAUAUUCUGGACUCGCCUAUUGCCGAGAAAGCUAGUCUUCCCGAACCCGUUGCCAACGGCGACAAGACCGAUAAGGCGGAGCCCGAGAGAAAGCCGAGUGUUAUUGAGAAGGAAUUGCAGCCUGCUGAGGCGAUUGAGUCGCCGCCUUUACCCAAAACAAGAGGACGUUGUCGAAAGAACCUUCGGAAAUGGUCCAACGAAGAAACAGUUGCUUUACUACGUGGCGUUAUGAAGUGUGGUAUCGGUAAUUGGAAGGAGGUGCUAGCCCAAGAUGAACCGAGCUUCAACAAGCGCACCGCGUCGAACUUGAAAGAUAGAUUCCGCGUCUGCUGCCCCAACGCCUAUCGUGCCUCGAAACCCGAUGAAGCUCUACAACACCUCCGCGAUGCUCUUACCAAAGUACUUGGGCGGAUGGAAGGUGACUCUUCGGCACCUCCAGGUCUCACCCACAGCGGAUCCACGUCAAGCUUUUCUUCGGUGGACACAAGCCAAAAUAUCCCGGAGAACCACUCUCAAAGUACUUCGGUGCCGGAACGCUCUCAGACACUCUCAAACAACAAGUCCGAGCCCGCGGCAGGGGGCCCAGUUAUACCACAGUCAUACACUCCCGCCAAAGCUAGGCGUCGUUCUCGGCGUCCUUUCACGGCGGCGGAGGAUGAGGCCUUACUCAAGGGAUACGCCGUCCACGGGUUCCAAUGGACACUGAUUCAGCAAGACAAGGAGUUGGAUCUCGGCCACCGUAGAGCGACUGACUUACGAGAUCGUUUCAGAACCAUGUUUCCCCAUGCGUACCGUGACGGAGGCGCGGUUCGUGAUAGCGCCCUGCAAGCUCAGAUCACAAGGGAUGCGGUUUUGAAAGACGGACCGAACCCGGCCGCAAGCAGCAAGCAGAAGCCCCACGAUAGCAAGCCGGCUUCUACCGACAGCCGUCCUAGCAAGCCUGUUAAUCCUGGCGCCAUGGGGACUGUGGACCCAGUGCUGCCUUCGCUAGCACUUCACCCAGUGACUCGAGAGGGCUCGACUGGUGUUGCUCUUUCAGGGCUCUCGUUUCUAUUAGAGGAAGGCCCCGCGAAUGAUGACAGCGUAGACCUCCCGCCGCUGAUCUGGGAUGACCUUCCUUAA